AUGAACACAUCUCCAGAUAAUUGCACUGCAAAAUGCUCACAUUACUUUCUGUACAUUCUGUUCAGGAUACCGCGAAGACAAGUAAAAUUUAUUGGUACGAUUAGAUUUGCGUCACGAAGUUGUCAUCUGGGCAAAGAGCAGUGCAGACGUGAUGAUCUCGAGGCAUGGGUUUACAUGCUUAUCGAAUUCACACAAUACGCCAUUUUGCCGUGGUCGAGAACAAUCAAUCGCGAGACGGUUCUUCGCGAAAAACAACGUUUAUUUAAUGGAAAAUGUUCGUCAUUGCACCGUCGCUUUCAUUAG